CCCUCUCUCUCUACCUCUGCUCCACCAUUCAUUCAUUCAUUCCCUUUCAAUCACACUCUGCACAUAUUCGCCGAUUCCUCGGAGAGAUACAAAGGGAGCCGUUGCCGGGCCUUCACGCCGGCGGCUAACUGCUUCCCCGCACCUUCCGUUGUCGAGUCUGGGAAUUCUCGGGGGUUUCGGGUUCUUUCUUUGUUUGCUGCUCCAUUCUCACUGAAGUGGGUGGUGAUCCCUGAUUAUCCAGCACUCGGCUAUGUCUACUCCUUCUCCGGGAACCUCUCCGGCUCCGGCCUCGCCCCCUCCCCCGGCCAACGCCACCGCUCCUCCCCCAGCCACCCCUUCCGCGCCUCCUCCCGCCACCCCUUCAGCUCCCCCUCCAUCUCCCCCCGCCGCGCCGCCCCCGGUGACCCCGUCCCCUCCUCCCCCGGCUACCCUGUCUCCUCCGCCCGCGACCCCUUCCGCUCCUCCACCGGCCACUCCGUCAUCCCCGCCACCGCCGGUGACGCCCGGUUCUUCCCCUCCGCCCCCGGCUGUUUCCUCCCCUCCCCCGUCCACCACCCCGUCCCCUCCCCCUCCGACGUCCUCCAACUCUCCCCCAUCGUCCACCUCGUCUCCACCGCCGCCGAGGACGCCCUCAACAACGCGGAGCCCACCACCGCCACCUUCUAGCUCGGGAGCCAAGAGUCCCCCGCCGCCGGCUGCGGCUUCAUCGCCGUCAGGCAGCACAGUGUCGACUGGCCUCGUGGUGGGAAUCGCUAUCGGCGGGGUGGUGGUGUUGGCGGUGCUGACUCUGCUGUUCAUAUGCUGUAAGAAGAAACGGAGGAGAGAUCCCGACAGCGGUUAUUACGCUCCGCCGCCGCCGCCUCACGGUCCUAAAGCCGAUCCUUAUGGCGGGCCGCCGCAGUACUGGCAGCAAAACGCUCCUCCGCCCGCUGAUCACAUGGUGGCGAUGCCGCCGAAGCUCACUCCUCCGCCAGGCCAUAACCCCAAUUCCCUCCCUCACCCGCCUCCACCGCCACCUUACAUGAGCAGCAGCGGCGGCUCUGCUGGCUCCGGUAAUUAUUCAGGCUCGGACAACCCCUACCCUUCGCCUUCCCCACGCAUGGCUCUGGGUUUCUCCAAGAGCGCAUUCACAUACGAGGAGCUGAGAAUGGCCACUGAUGGGUUCUCGGAUGCAAACCUUCUUGGGCAAGGCGGGUUCGGGUUUGUCCACAGAGGAGUCCUUCCGAAUGGGAAAGAGGUUGCAGUGAAGCAACUCAAGGCUGGGAGCGGGCAGGGAGAGCGGGAAUUCCAGGCCGAGGUUGAAAUCAUUAGCCGAGUCCAUCACAAGCAUCUGGUGUCCUUGGUCGGGUACUGCAUCACCGGUGCCCAGAGGCUGCUUGUCUACGAAUUCGUCCCAAACAACACCCUUGAGUUCCACUUACAUGGGAAGGGUAGACCGACCAUGGAUUGGCCCACGAGAGUGAAGAUUGCUUUAGGAUCCGCAAAAGGACUUGCCUAUCUUCACGAGGAUUGUCACCCGAAGAUUAUUCAUCGUGAUAUCAAGGCAUCUAAUAUUCUGUUGGAUUUCAAAUUUGAGGCCAAGGUUGCUGAUUUUGGACUGGCAAAGUUAUCUUCAGAUGUUAAUACUCAUAUCUCGACCCGAGUCAUGGGAACAUUCGGAUAUCUUGCUCCAGAGUAUGCCUCAAGUGGGAAACUCACCGAUAAAUCAGAUGUUUUCUCAUUUGGUGUUAUGUUGUUGGAGUUGAUCACUGGGCGCAGACCUGUGGACACCACAAACACUUACAUGGAUGACAGUUUGGUCGAUUGGGCAAGACCCCAACUGACACGAGCUUUGGAAGAUGGGAACUUUGACUCCCUAGUUGACUUUAAGCUGCAGAAUAACUACAGCCACGAGGAGAUGGCUCGUAUGGUUGCUUGUGCUGCUGCCUGUGUUCGCCAUUCAGCCCGUCGCCGGCCACGAAUGAGCCAGGUUGUUCGUGCUUUGGAGGGAGAUGCUUCCCUCUCAGACCUCAACGAAGGGAUCCGACCGGGGCACAGCAAUAUCUACAGCUCCCACGGAAGCUCAGACUAUGACACAAGCCAGUACAAUGAGGACCUCAAGAAGUUCCGCAAAAUGGCUUUCGCGAGUCAGGAAUACGGAAGCAGCGAGUACAGCGAGCCCACAAGUGAAUACGGAGUGCACCCUUCGGGCUCGAGCGCCGAGAACACCCGAGAAAUGGAGAUGGGAAGAAUGAAGAACAGCCGAGGUUUCAGCAGCGGAUCUUGAUGGGGACGUCUCACCUUCCCCGUGUCUCGUACUUUCCGGCCAGAAGAGUUGUAAUAUUUUUCAACAGGUGUAAUAUUUUUCAACCAACUAACACGGAUUUUUUUUUUUAAUUUCUUUUCUAAUUCUCGUGGAUGGCGGUGGAAAUGUAUUGCUCAGUGGUAUUCGUAUACAGCAAAAACAACAGAUAAAUCUUCUCAUCGAUUCUUUAUUGUUAGUAGUAGUUUGAUCCCUUUGACAAUACUCAGUAGCUUUGAUUGGCUUCGAAGUUGGGUCGUGUCGGUCGAGAAAGAUGUAAAUGCAUUGCAAUCUACUGCUA